AUGGUCAAAAAGAGCAAAUUGCUCUUAGCUCUCGACGCCCACAAGGGCCGCGACUACGAAAAAGAACGCCAGAAGAAAUUGGCCAAGGCCGCAGAGAAGAGGAAAGCGGCGAAGAAGGCCAAGUCGCAAGAUGAGAAGGAGAAUGAGGAGCAUGAAGAGCAAGAGGAAUUGAAUGAAAAGAAGAAGUCCACAGACGGGACAGCCGCUGAAACGAAUGGCGUCGAGGCCAAUAGCGAAAAAGACCAGUCGGACGAGUCAGAGUCGGAGUCAGAGUCGGGGUCCGAAUCAGAGGAAGAUGGAGAGUCAGACGGCGAGAAUGAAAGUAAGGAAGGUGAAGGAGAGAAUGAAAACAAGGACAGCGAAGAAGAAGAAGACGAAGACAUUCCCCUGUCAGACCUCUCCGAAGACGAGACACAGGACGUAAUACCGCACCAACGCCUCACCAUCAACAACUCCGCUGCCAUCAACGCCUCCAUCAAGCGCAUUUCCUUCAUCACACCGCAGACGCCCUUCUCCGAGCACAAUUCCCUCGUGUCCUCCGAGCCGAUCAACGUGCCCGACCCGAACGAUGAUCUGCAGCGCGAACUCGAGUUCUACAAAGUCUGCCAGGCGGCCGCCGUGGACGGGCGCCGGCUGCUCAUAAAGGAAGGCAUCCCGUUCUCCCGUCCGGGCGACUACUUUGCCGAGAUGGUCAAGACCGACGAGCACAUGAACAAGAUCAAGCAGAAGCUCUACGAGGAGGCUGCAGCGAAGAAAGCCGCGGCAGAAGCUCGUCGGCAGCGCGAGCUCAAGAAGUUUGGCAAGCAGGUGCAGAUUGCGAAGCUGCAGCAGCGGCAGAAGGAGAAGAAGGAGACGUUGGAGAAGAUCAACAGUUUGAAGAGAAAACGAAAAGCCGAGCAGCAAUCCGGCCCAACAGAAGACGAAGACCUCUUCGACGUCGCCAUCGAAGAGGCCCACAAGGCAGAAAAGAAGAACGCCGCCAACAACAAGACAGGCGGGCCCUCCGCGAAACGCCGGAAGAAGAACGAAAAGUACGGCUUUGGCGGGAAGAAGCGGUACGCAAAGAGCGGCGACGCCAUCUCCUCGGGCGAUCUGAGCGGGUUUUCAGUGAAGAAGAUGAAGGGCGGUAGUAGCAGCGCGAAGAAGAAGGCGAAAAAGACCGGGGAAGAGUCGGCGGAAGGCGAUGAAUAA